AUGGUCGAGGAACGCCGACGUCUCGAGAAGGAGCUGCAGCGCCGUGUACUGGAGGCUCGAAUGGCGUUCGAUGAGCUAACGAUUCGUUCAGCUGCUGAGGCCUACCGCCACGUGACCGUCGAGCGCGCAGCGCUGAUGAGUGAGAACGUCGCAUUGAAAGAAGCUAUCGAGGACAAACUCAAGGUUAAGGCGCAGUUGGAGCGCGAGACCCAGGAGUUCCUGGACCAGAUCCGUUCUAAUGAACCGCCUGUACUCGCUCGAAGAGAUGACGAUGGAUGGUGCGUGCAGCUUCCGAACGGCGCGCCGUCCUUCUACUUCAGUCCGUUCACACGGGAAGAGUUCGACAACAUCCUUAAGAACAACGACGUCGUGUAUGCCGAGCGUCAUCCCUGUACUGCCACAGUCGGGAAGAUCUUGGGUUGGACGGUAGACUACGCGCCACUCGUUCGAAACGAAGCGGGAACGUCCUUCGUGGCCCACGCUCGAUUCACGAGACGGCUGCGUUGCUCUCUCGACAAAGCGCAUAGGAUCUUGCCGCAUUUGGACAAGAACGUAUGGCCAGUAUUGCAUUUGCUACCAACCACUUCAAAACUUUAA